UUUGUUGAAGUCAUAGAUUAGAUAUGGCUCGACCUUAAGUGAGAGGUAAAUGAUGGUGUUUUGAUGUUGAAAAAAUUGGAAAAACCACAUUGACAAAUGGAAUAAUGGCGAACGAGGCAAAUGAUGGUCUUCAAACGGGAGAUUCAAAGUUACGGGCCACCGCCACAGAACUACUUCAGCGGAAAUGUAGACCAAAUGUUUCAGAGCCUGUAAGAACGAGCUACAAUUCUCUGUUCUGUCUAGCCGAGACAAACCCUGUACGGUUUUACUGCAAGAAAAUCGUGGAAUCGAAGAGAUUCGAAUAUUUUAUACUUAUAACCAUAGCUGUAAAUUGCAUAGUUUUAACGUUGGAUAGUCCUCUUCCAGAAGGUGACACGACUGAAUUAAAUGAACAACUGGAAAUAGCGGAAAAAGUGUUCAUCGUCAUCUACUGCAUCGAAGCAGCGGCUAAGAUCAUAGCUUUAGGAUUCGCCUUCCAUCCAAAUGCUUACUUACGAAAUGGAUGGAAUAUCUUAGACUUCGCUGUCGUUGUCAUCGGCUUGAUUGGACUAAUAUGGGAUAAUCAGAUAGACAACAGUCUCAAUAACCAGAAGGAUACCCUUAAGGUCCUGAGAGCAGUACGGGUUUUAAGACCACUUAAAAUUGUUUCCGGCAUUCCAAGUCUACAAGUUGUAAUGAAGACAAUAUGGAGAGCCAUGGUUCCUUUACUACAGAUAUUAGUUUUAAUUCUAUUUGUUAUUGUAAUAUAUGCUAUUAUUGGCCUGGAGCUUUUAAAAGGAACAUUUCAUAAUACCUGCUAUGAUAAACAUGGCAACAUCGACCGAACGUUUCUUCUUCCACRAAUAUGCGAUAAAGAAUCAUCAGGUCGGCAGUGCCCAACAAAUCAUACAUGUCAGAGACAUGAUGAGAUUUGGCCGGGGCCAAAYAAAGGAAUAACAAAUUUUGAUAAUAUAUUUCUUUCGAUGUUGACGGUAUUUCAGUGCAUUACUAUGGAAGGCUGGACCGACGUUAUGUAUAACACAUACGAUGCACGAGACUAUGAUACUCGAGCUGUCACAUCAAUCACCUAUAUUUCACUUAUCAUGAUUGGSUCGUUUUUGAUGUUGAAUUUAGUUCUUGGUGUUCUAAGCGGAGAAUUUGCUAAAGAAAGAGAACGUGUAGAACACAGGAGGAAAUUUUUCAAGUUAAGACGACAGCAGCAGAUGGAAAGAGACUUAUCAGGAUACUUGGAAUGGAUAGCUAAAGCUGAAGAUAUUAUUCUUARAGAGGAAAGAGAACAACAUGGGGUAGGAGAGGGUGGACCGAGAGAUCCUUUAAAGAAGCGAUAYAGUCUUUCCGAUUCUAUCAUGCACUUAAUAGAAGACCACGGAGAAAUUAUACAACAUUUAAAAAAUAAGAAAAAGACACAAGAACAAAGCACUUUAUCGUGGUCAGAAAGAUACAGCAUUAUAAGAAAGUUUAAUAAGAAAGAAAGGAUUUUUCGUGGUCGUGUCCGCAGCAUGGUCCGCAGCCCGAUAUUCUACUGGGGGGUUCUAUUGUGUGUCUUUCUCAACACUAUCAUCAUGUCGACAGAACAUUAUGACCAGCCAUAUUGGCUCGAACAGAUGCAAGUAAUAUCAGAAAGAGUUUUUCUUGGGCUUUUUGUUGCUGAAAUGCUCCUCAAGCUGUAUGGUCUGGCUCCAAGGAAYUAUUUCGCGUCAGCGUUUAAUAAAUUUGAUUUUAUCGUCGUUCAAGCCAGUAUAAUMGAAUUAUUUUUAGAAAAAUAUUUUAAGAUAAACUACGGUAGCAGUGUUUUUCGCUCUCUUCGUCUUCUUAGGGUUUUCAAGUUCACAAGGGUGUGGUCAUCCUUACGCAAUCUAGUGACGUCUCUUCUCAAAAGCAUGCGUUCGAUUCUYAGCCUGAUAUUUCUACUUCUUCUGUUUAUUUUCAUUUUUGCAUUGCUUGGRAUGCAACUUUUUGGAGGAAAGUUCAGCACACGUCUCGAUGCUCCACGAACAAACUUCGAUGAUUUUAUUAAAGCCAUGUUAGCAGUUUUCCAGAUAAUGACUGGAGAAGACUGGAAUACUAUCAUGUAUGAUGGGAUCGAGUCUGCUGGUGGACCAAAAAGUGUAUGGGGAAUCCUGGCCUCGCUAUACUUUGUUGCUCUGGUUAUCAUUGGAGACUAUACACUUCUCAAUGUUUUUCUUGCUAUCGCUGUGGACAAUCUCGCAAAUGCUCAAGAYCUUACGCGGUUAGACGAAGAAGCCGAUCGGCAACGCGAGCAAAUGAAAAAGAAACGUCUAGAGAAACGACGAAAUGGAUGGGCAAAAGCUAAACAGUUACCAAUGAUCAUGGCAAUUACAAAAAUCAAUAACCAUGGCAGUAAUAACCCUUUCCCUAAUUCUAAGCCUGUUUUUGGAAUACAGCACAACUCCCCAAGAAAUGACAGAUUAAGCAAAAUGAGCGCUGUAAGAAUAAAAAUAUCUGAAGAUUCGCCAUCUUUAUCAAGUAAGAAUGGACGAAUAUCACGUCAAAACACGACUGAUAACGAGCGAGAAGAUGACACAGAGGAUCCAGAAAUGUUAAGCAGAACCCCUUCUCCACACCGCUUCUCGCUCAGCUUAAGAACCGAGGGAAAGAUCAUGAGAAGACGUAACAUUCAUAGAUCAAAUAUACCUAUUAUAAGGAAAAACGCAAUGUUUAUAUUUGGUCCUGAUAAUCCAGUACGUCGCUUCUGUCACUGGAUGGUAAAUCUUCGCUACUUCGACACCUUUAUUUUAUUCAUUAUUGUUAUUAGUAGUAUACUAUUGGCAUUUGAGGACCCCGUCAAUCCUGAGAGCUACACAAACGAGGUCCUUGGAUACUUUGAUUACGUCAUAACAGCCAUAUUCGCCCUGGAGGUGAUUGCUAAGAUGAUUGAUCUGGGAGUCAUUUUUCAUAAAGGUUCAUAUCUGAGGGAUUGGUGGAACGUCAUUGACGCUUUUGUGGUGGCUUGCAAUAUCGCUGCCCUUGUUUUUAAUAGGAAAACUGAAGACCCUUCGCACUCAGAUAACAGUUCUGUGCAGGAUGCUAUUAAAUCCUUCAGGGUUCUACGUGUGUUACGUCCUCUCAAGGCCAUUAAUAAAUCUAAAAAUCUUAAGACUGUAUUUCAGUGUAUGGUGUUCUCUCUAAAGAAUGUCAGGAACAUUCUUCUUAUUACCGCUUUAUUCUACUUCAUAUUUGCUGUUAUAGGCGUCCAGUUGUUCAAGGGAAAGUUUUUUUAUUGCACAGAUUCGUCAAAGGAAACUGAAAAGGAUUGCAAAGGAUAUUAUUUCAAGUAUACCGUUGACACAAAAAUCAGCUUAAAUAAUUUUGAGGUCAAACCUCGAGAAUGGAAACGAAGGAAUUUUAAUUUUGAUAGUGUUCCUCGUGCCAUGUUAACCGUGUUUUCGUUAUCAACUGGCGAAGGAUGGCCAACAGCUAUGUACCAUACGAUAGAUGCCACUGGCAUAGACCAAGGUCCUCGCAGGGACUACCAAAUGCACGUAUCGAUCUACUAUGUCUGCUUCGUGGUCGUUUUUUCUUUCUUUUUUUUAAACAUCUUCGUUGCUCUUAUUAUUGUCACGUUUCAAGAACAGGGAGAAAAGGAAAUGGUUGGAUGUGAACUCACUAGAAAUCAGCGGGACUGUAUUCAGUUCGCAAUGACAGCGAGACCCAGACAACGUUAUAUGCCACAAGACAAAACCACUUGUUUUUAUAAAGUCUGGCGCGUUGUGGAUUCGAAGCCUUUUGAGAUAUUCAUCAUGUCUAUGAUCGUGUUGAACGCAGCUGUCCUAAUGCUGUCUAACUAUUUCCGUGAUUACUGGAAUGUGUUUGACUUCACCAUAGUAGUAGCUACGCUAGUUGGAGUAGUUAUCGACAUGGCUGGUGCUGACAAUAAACUUGGAAUUGACCCGAGUUUCUUUAGGUUAUUUCGGGCAGCGCGCCUAGUCAAGCUUCUUAGACAGGGAUAUACGAUACGUAUUCUGCUAUGGACGUUUUUCCAAUCUUUUAAGGCCCUACCGUACGUCGUUAUCUUAAUUGCAAUGCUGUUUUUCGUCUAUGCUGUUAUCGGAAUGCAGCUCUUUGGUCGAAUAGCGCAAUUACCAAAUAAAGAGAUCAAUACACACAAUCAUUUUCAAUCUUUUCUUCAAUCGCUUCUUGUGUUGUUCAGAGCGGCAACAGGAGAAAACUGGCAUCUAAUCAUGUUAUCGUGCUUUGAUAAUGCUCCAUGCCAACGUGGCACCAUCUGUGGCAGUACUGCAGCCUCUAUUUUCUACUUUUGUACAUUUUAUUUUUUCUGCUCAUUUCUGAUGCUUAAUCUAUUCGUGGCUGUCAUCAUGGAUAAUUUCGAGUAUCUCACACGUGACGAAUCUAUUCUUGGUCCUCAUCACCUGGACGAAUUUGUGCGCGUUUGGUCUGAAUACGAUCCUGGAGCAACAGGGAGAAUAAAGCACACACAGGUUUAUUUCUUAAUGUGCGACAUGUCGCCACCUGUUGGUUUUGGUAAAAAAUGUCCAAAGUUCAUAGCAUACAAGCGUCUGAUCAAGAUGAACAUGCCAAUCAUGGGGGACAACACGGUUCUCUUCACAUCCACUCUGUUUGCUCUUAUUCGUACUUCCCUUGGUAUAUUUAGUCACGGUGACCCUGCGUACGCUGACAGUGAGCUGAGAAGAACUAUUAAGAAAAUAUGGCCUAAAACACCAAAAAAAACACUAGACAAAAUGAUACCACUGCAAUCAGUCUUAAGUUCACAGCAGAUGACAAUAGGAAAGAUUUAUUGUGCCAAAUUAAUAUAUGAAAAUUAUAAACACCUAAAAAAGAAGCGACUCGAGCAACGAAAGAAGAAGCCAAGAAGACCUUCUCUAUUCAGGCGAAUGUUAGGCGUUCUAAGGAGUGGAACAUCGAAUUCGGAAGAAGACGAUGAUAAUGAACUGAGGCCACCACCAGGGUUAUUGACUCACAGAAGAAGAUCAAAGACAAUGGAUUCUAUACCGACAUUCUCUAAAGAAAAGCUAGAAACUAUCCAACCAAAGCGAAGAAUGUAUCGUUCAUUAAAGUUCUUUCGUAAACCUUUUGGAAGAACUGACAGCAACAGUGAGGACRAUGAACGGAAGAUAAGGAAGUCGGUUCGAUUUAAGGAUGCACCAAUGGAUCUGACAGACAUCAAUCCUACCAUCAUUAGUACAGAUAACGAAGAUGAUGAACCAAAAGAAACCACUCGUAGGAAGCGCAAGCCGGUAAAAUACAGCUACAAAAACCCUGUGGCAAUCGAGGAUGCCCGUAAUGAGACGAACAGUUCAACAGAUUCGCAGUCUCGGUCGUCCUCAGACGUUCACUCACCACCAAUUGUGCGGAUACAUAGAUCAUCACCGCUGACGCUCGAUCCAGGAAACCUCGAAGAACAUCGAACCAAGAUCCGCAAYCAUCUUCGACUCGACCCCUUCCCAGAUGUCAUUAAAUCUGCUGARAGCAGCCCUCGUCAUUCUCUUGCUGCAUCGAGUGAUUUUUAUGCUCGUUCGAGGCCGGAAGAUCCCAAAGAACAAAGAUCUAAGGAGAUCAUCAAUCAGAUCAAUGAAGAGAUUUCACAAGCUGUUCGUAGYGGACGUAGUGCGUAUUGUAUAUUUGGAAUGUUCGAUGAUGACGAGGAAACCUGGUGCUAGUAUAAAAGGGGUUAUGGUACCUAAGUAUCUUUUCAACACCCACAGGGGAUUUCCUCCACAGUUCCCGAGGCAUGAURUAUCAAUCAYCAGGGAUACCAGUAUAACUCAGCAAGCACAAUGUGCUCGUUGGUUCCUUUUGCCCUAUUUUAGACUUUCUCAGAGCCAUCUUAGGGCAUUUAUACUACACGUACGAGAACCAGGAACAWUAAGUAAAUACGAUAAAGCGUGACCUUAAAAUUGGAAUGUUUUUGCUUCUACGGUCUUUCAYCACUCUCCAUCGAUCUUGAGAUAAGGGUACGGAGACAAAAUGUGUUAUUAUAUGUAUCACCAUGAAUGUCAUCGAGGGAACCACCUUAUCAACACAGUCCAUACUGGGGCCGAAAUCUUGUCAUUCAUUUCGAGAUAUUUUGAAGAAAACCGUGAUACGUAAGUGGAAUUCCCUCCACGUAUGACACAGGCUUCCGAGACUAAGUAAGUUUAAGCUUGAAUACACUUUAACAUUCAGCUGGCCAUACCUAUGGGGGCAUGAAAAAUGGUAGAAAUGCAGGAAAAGGAAAAAGGAGAGGACACAAUUGCACAACUGAAAAUAGCAUAUAUGGUGGACUGGGCUUCCUCUAGUGUGUUGCAAGAUGUUUAAAGCAGAAAGGCACGUCAACUGUGCAAAGUGGAAAAGAAAACGAAAGCACUUGAUAGAAGGCGAUGUUGCAGCAACUUGCCGUGGAGACAUGACAUUAUCAAAAAAAUGAACAAUUGAAAUUUUACCAGCUCAAUAAGAGAGGAUAAGUGUUUGCCCUUGACUGAAUGCUAGCAAAGGAGCAAACUUUAUAAUAAGGAGCAGGCGUAACUCAGUUGGUUAGUGCGCGGCCUUCAGAGCUGGAGGUCCAUAGAUCGAUCCUCAGGAACUCCACGUCUGUUUUGACUUUUCUCAGUUCUGUGUAGCUUUAAUUAGCUUUAAAUACCCGUAAAAAGGAGCACUGAUAGUAACAGGGGGUAGAGGGCCCACCUUCGAGCGCAUUAAACAUGAGCCCUUGGCUACUUUUUCGGCAGUGCCGGAUUAUAUCUCAAGUUUAGAUCCUUUGUCUUCUGGAAUCGUGAAGUCUGUGCUGAUGAGUGCAGAGGAUUUUUCAGGAAAUAGCUAAAAUUUGAAAAUUUUUGAAAACUAACUUAGGCUCUAAAAGUUGGGAUUUUCUUGUCAUUUUUGUAAAGCUAUAUAGAGUUCACGCAAUAUAACCAAUGAAAUUGUUUGAAAUAAUAUAAUUAGAGUUGGUAGGAAAUUGUAUAUGUAUAUAUAUUUUUUUGGAAU